AUGAGCGAGCUCACCAUAGAAAAAAUAUACGGCACGUCGUCCGAGACUCCAGCCCAAUUUGUUGCGCAGGAUGAUUAUAUUGCGUACACUGCCAGCGGCGGCGUUGUGGUGUGCAAAGUCGACAAAGAAUUGAAGGUACAGUGGCAGAAGUUCUUUUGUGCCAAUAAUGUGCUGGUAGCACCAAAAACAAGCAAAGUCGAUGAGUACGGGUUUCCGCUUGGUGGAGACCCGGAACUGAUUUCCCGUGAUGGCUCUCUGACCGCUGAGGAGUCAAGAGAUAAUCUGUACGAGUCUCCUAGCGCCCGAACUCUCAAGAUACGCAAGUCUGACGAUACCGGUUCGUCCCCUCUGGCCAACAAAGUGAGGUCUAUCAACUGCAUUGCCAUUUCUCCCGAUAAGAAGCUGCUUGCUGUGGGAGAAGUUGGCUAUCAGCCGCGGAUCCUGGUGUAUUCUCUUGCAAGAAACUGUUCGUGCCGUCCAAGUUACAUCAUUCAGGAACACCAGUUUGGAAUCAACUCGCUUUGUUUCUCCACAGACUCUAAAAGGCUGUGCUCGCUGGGAUUGGUGAAUGACGGGUUCUUGAUCGUGUGGAAGUUCACUAAUAAACGCUUUGUGUUCAGGGGAAGUAACAAGUGCUCCUCGAUCGUCAACAAGCUAUUCUGGCACGAUGACCAUAUCAUCACCAUCGGACUGCGCCACAUUAAGGUCUGGAGAGAGGAUGUGGCCCGGGCGGGCACUAUUUUAAAGGGAAGAAAUGUGCUGUUGAAGAACUUCCUCAAUUCGAACUUCAUUGACAUUGACUGUCUCAACUUCUCGGAGCUCAUUGUGAUGUCUGAUCAAGGCGAUCUCGGAAUCAUUAACUUGGACGACGAGUCCAUUGUUCUCCGCAAAAUAUACCAAUUGCCAUCAGACACCAAUCAGUUCAAAAUCGACCAUAUCCACGAGGACGUGAUAAUAGGCGGCAAGGAGCUCAACAUUAUACCCUUGAACGAGGUGUUUACCGCUCCUAUCAAUGAUACCAUCCGUCCAACUCCAAGUUCACCAACCAAAAUUGUCAAGCGGUCGGGAAUAAUGGCAUUGCAACCGUUGUUCGAUUUCAAGACCCUGGUAUAUCUGCAAGACGAACAAAUUCUUUACGUGGACUUGUUGGAGACAGGAAGUCCAAAAGUUUUGAUCAGCUCGCUGGCUUCGAAACUGAACGGAUUGAAGCGCUGUUUCAACGGUGAAAUACUUCUCUGGACCAAAGAUGGUAUAGUGAAACGGUUGGAAAAUAAAGAGUUUGUCUUGCUUCAUUCUAUCACUCUGCCUCCUGGAGACUUGCUUGAUAAUGCGCUGAGCGCUUUAGAUUGCAGCAGUCAGGAUCUUGUACUAGGUGAUAGGUUUGGCACCCUGGUCUUCCUGCAAAAAAGAGAAGACUUCAUCAAAGGGUACAGAGAAUCAAUAAGAGUGCGUGCCCAUGAGUCCAGCAUCAAUGACAUCGUAAUGUUCACGAUAGCGGAGUAUGCAUUUGCCGCAUCCUGUUCCCGCGACAGAACCAUUCAGUUAUUCAUGAAGAAAGGGUCAGACGGCUGGGCAUUGUUCCAAACCCUGACUGUCCACAAAGGAAAUGUUAUUAAGAUGCUAUUUACAAAAAAUAUGCUUAUUGCAUUGUCAUCUGACCGCACUCUUUCUGUCCACAAGCUUGAAAUCAAGGAUGAAGGCCCUGUUCUUGUUCAGGAGAAAAUCAUCUCUAUCAAGACUUCAGCUAUGACGUUUGGUGUCACCCCUGAGGAGCUGGUUGUUGCCACAAAUGACAAAAACAUAAUUAUUUACAGCCUGACCACAUUUGAAUAUCUCAGGUCCAUGAAACUGUUCAACAAGAAUUUUGACCCACUUCAGGUGGACAACUUCGAGAUUCACGAUGGCCUGAUGUUCACCUCGUCUCCUGACAAAUGUAUCCGUUUAUUUCAGUUCAAAGAUGGAAAAUUGCUGAGCUCCCAAUGGGGCCAUUCCGAGACAAUCAUCGGUUUGCUAUUUGACAGCAAUUCGAAAACUGUUAUGACUGCAAGCCACGACGGAUGCAUGUUCAGCUGGACGCUCGGCAGUGGGAUCUCGGGCUCUGACUCGCUGUUUUCAUCGCCGCUUACAUCCAGCAACACUCAAGAUCUUGUGUCGCCGCCUAAGGUUGUGAGGAAGAUUGUUUCCAGACCGGAUCUGACCCCUAUGAAACCCAGCGUUCAGAACAAACCGUCCAAAUCGCCUUCCACAGUGCUGCCUGCUGCCAAGCUAUCAGCCAACGACUCGCCAACUUUCACCCGCACUCCCUCUGUGUGCUCCGCCAAACAAGCUCGCUCCGCCUCCUCGCGCUCAGAUGUCUCACCCACUUCCAACGUACGCUCUCGUUUGGCCGGGAUGAGACUGGACAAGCCCAAGCCCGAAUCUGCAUCAGACAUAGCCGACAAGAUCGUGAUGGACUUGCGCAGGCUGCAAGCGAGACUCCUUGACGAGGACGAGAUCGACCCUUCUGUGGCCGACCGUAUGCGCGUUCAAAUGAACAACACCAUGAAACUGCUUCCUGGCCAUGACGAAAAUCUCCUGGAUCAGUAUGGCUCAGUGUUGGUCAACAAGCUGGUGGAUGCACUUAGAAAGGAGCGCGACAAGGAGAACUUGGAGAAUGUAUAG